AUGCAGUGUAGACAUACCGUGGGAGGUGCCCUUUGUGAGACAGGGUGGGGCAGGCAGGCUGGGUCCCUAAUGCUAGUGAUCCACCUGGUCUCUUGUUCUACUAAUGUUUCCAAGGCUUCCAGCCCCAAGAAAGUGAUGGAAGGGGCAGUGACCCGGAAGAAGAAGGUGGCACCCAAGUUGGUACUCACUGAAGAACAGAAACAGCAGUUGCGAGAGGCCUUUGAUUUGCUUGAUACCGAUGGCACUGGUACUGUCGAUGUGAAGGACUUGAAGGUGUCCAUAAGAGCCCUUGGGUAUGAACCCAAGAAAGAAGAGAUGAAGAAAAUUGUAUCAGAAGUUGAUAAGGAAGGGUCAGGGAAGAUCAACUUUGAUUCCUUUUUGUAUGCGAUGACUCAGAAAAUGUCUGAGCCAGAAUCCAGAGAGGACAUUCUGAAAGCCUUCAAGCUCUUUGAUGACAAUGGAACUGGCAAAAUCUCUUUCCAAAAUCUCAAACGUGUGGCCGGUGAGAUUGGGGAAAACCUCACAGAUGAGGAGCUGCAGGAAAUGAUUGAUGAAGCAGAUGUGGAUGGAGAUGGGGAAGUGAAUGAACAGGAGUUCCUGCGGAUUAUAAGGAUGAACAGCAUGUAG